ACUUCAUCUCUUCGUCACCAUGGGAAAGGCUAAAAAAACUAGAAAGUUCGCCGCUGUCAAGCGUGUCAUCAACGCCAAAGACAUCAAGAAGUCCGUCUCCAAGCCCCAAAAGUCCGACCCUGAGCUCACCCGGUCGGUACCCCAGGUCUCGUCCGCUUUGUUCUUCCAAUAUAACCAAAGCAUUAAACCUCCAUACCAAAUUCUCAUCGAUACAAACUUCAUUAACUUCUCGAUCCAAAAGAAAAUCGACAUAAUCCACGGGCUCAUGGAAUGCACCAUGGCCAAGUGUAUCCCCAUCAUCACCGACUGUGUGAUGGCCGAAUUGGAAAAGUUGGGGCCUAAAUACAGAAUCGCUCUUAAGCUCGCUAAAGACCCACGAAUCCAGAGACUCACUUGCUCCCACAAAGGUAUCUACGCCGAUGAUUGUAUCGUCAAUCGGGUGAUGCAACACAAGUGCUUUGUGGUGGCCACUAAUGAUGCUGACCUUAAGCGUCGGAUUAGAAAAAUUCCCGGUAUUCCUAUUAUGGGUGUUGGGGCCAGAGCUUAUGUGAUUGAGCGGUUGCCCGAUGUUUUCUAGGUUUGUGGAUUCUCGCAAACUUGGUUUUUUUGCAACAAUGGGUUUUUCUGCUACACAUCCUGCUGCUCCAACUAUACGCUCUCCCACCAUGCCCUCCACCGCAUCGACACCCCUAUCGACACCCAUUUCAGGGUCGGCCUCCAGUUCUGGCGAUUUCCAGAGAAACUUUAUUACCUCUGGAUCUCCCAUUCGCAACUCUACCGUCAACCGCUUUCUCGUGUCUCCUGAUCCACCUGAGUCCGAUGACGAGCUCCGGGCAUGGUCUGGGACUAUUCCCGGUACCAGGGCCGAAGUGGUGGCCAAAUUGGCACAAAACUUGGCGGUUUUGAAGCGGUUGAAACUCACACCCACCCCCCACCAUGUGGCACAAAACUUCAGCAAACUCUCAUUGAUAAUGUCUUACUUCCAGAUCGUCAACCAACUCGAGCAGCUCAACCACCUGAUUGAUUUGCACAACUUAAAGACAUCGAUUUGUCUCAAAAGCUGUGUUGGGUUGUUAGCAGCUCUUGAUGCUCCACAAACCACAGAUGCAGUUCCAGUUGCCCUGGCAAAUAUCAACGCCGAUCUCUCGUUCGACAGUUUCUAACCCUCUCUUAUCAAAACAGAUCUCCCACCAGAGUUCGCAGAGUGAUACAUCAUAUUUGUCCAAAUAUAUAAACCCCAUAUUCUCUCUUCUCUGCAA